UGUCAUAAAAGUCAGAAGCAUAGAACAAGCAUCAAAUUGAUUUCUGACGCACAACACAAACACUCAUUUUUAGUCAUUAGCAGUUUGGGUAAAAAUGAUUCGUCUCUUAUUCCGUGUGACCCGCAUAAAGCGAAUGACCGGAGACUGGACUGAACCGGCUCCUAAUCGAGCGGGGCAACAACAACGGGAACAACAACAUUAACAAAAGCAAGCAAAGAGCAGAAGCCAACGCAAUCAACCCGAAAACCUCAGAAACCAAAGCAAAGCCAAAGCCAAAACCAAAACCCAGACCAACUGAAGCAUCCACUGUCCACCGCGGAUCGUUGCCUCUUUUAACGCUGAUGAUGUCAUGCGGGUGGCACGAAGGAGGAGAGGACAGAGAGAGAGAGAGAGAGGCUGGGGAGGGGAAGCAUUGGCAACUGGAUACGGCAAUUUGGUUUGGGGAUUUCGCACGCUGCUCAAAAUCUACCUAAAUAAUGAAGCACAAUUUGCAAUACCCUCUCAUUUUGGUCAAUGGAUCCAACAUAUUAGGUAGCAGCAGACAGCAGCCGUUGGCGAAGAAACACGUUCAUUAAUUAAUUUGACAAGUUAAUUUAUUUGGACUGGAAAGGUUAUUCAUGCCUCACAUUCCCAUCCAGUCGCAUCGCAAUUUGAAACAAAGCACCCUUUUGCUGUGGCAUGGCAACCCUAAGCGCAUUAACCAUGGCAACUAAAAUGGUUGACACAACAGAAAACACAAUUCUAUUUCUGCCAACAGUACAAAACAUAUGUCGAGCUUUUUCUAUCCUCCAGCAGCACCCAAAUAUUUACACAUUCAACUCAACUCAACUUCAUGUACGAAGCGGGCAGCGAGCAGAUCAAUUGCAAUGGGGCAGUCAUAGCGCUGCCCUCGCUGGAGGUGGUCAAAGCAGUGCCCAACAUGCCAUCAGAUGCAAACAUCGAUUGGCUGCUCCACAUUUAUUUUACACGUCGAGAAUUCGAGCGAUGUCGUCGUCUUAUCGAACGUGAGUUGAAUCGUCAUUUGAAUGCGGAGUAUCUGUACUUUGUCAAGGGCUUAAUUGACCGCGAAGAUGGCAACAACAUCGAGGCACUGCGUAAUCUGCAGAAGGCUGUCGAACUCAACUCAAAAAACAUCGAGACGUACAAGGAAAUCGGUCGCACGCUCUAUAAUAUGGGACGUUUUGGGCAGGCGUUGAGUGUUUUUCGUGAGGCCGAACAGCACAGUCCACGCAGGGAUCAUGAAAUCUAUCAUUAUCUGGGUGAGCUGCUUUAUCGUGCGGCUGCCACGCAACCACAGCUGGAAAUGGCCCGUCAACAGCAGGCCGAGGCCAGGGGCUACUUUGAGCUGGCCGUGCAGACGGGCAAAAAGUUGGAGAGCUACGUGCGCCUGGCUGAGCUCUAUCGCAAGGAUAAAGAGUACCAGCAGGCCAUUGAUGUCCUUGAGGCGUGUUUGCACUUGACACCCGAAAACGCCGAAGUUCUCACCGAAAUCAGCGUAUUGUAUCUGAAAAUCAAUGAAACCCAAAGAGCCUACGAUCGCUUGACGGAAGUCGUCAACAUUGAACGGAAGUGCACGCCUAAAGGCUUGCUAGCCCUGGGCGCCAUUUUGCAGUCGCGCAACGAUGUGGAUGGCGCCUUGGGCAAAUACAGUCAAAUCGCAGAUGCCGAGCCGGAAAUUGCCGAGCUUUGGAAUAACAUUGGCCUCUGCUUCUUCAAAAAGCAAAAGUUCAUUGUGGCUGUUUCAUCGCUGCGCAAAUCUAUUUGGAUAUCGCCCCUCAACUACAAUGCAUUGUACAAUUUGAGCCUAAUUUAUAUUGCCUCCGAACAAUAUGCCAGCGCUUUUCACACGCUGGCCGCAUCGAUAAACCUGCGCAAGGACAAUGCCGAAUGCUACAUGUUGCUAGGAUUGUGUCUACGCAAACUGGACGAUACAGAUAAUGCCUUUGUAGCCUUCGAACGUGCAUGCAACCUCGCUCAGGGUCAACAAGGUGGCAUGCGGCACCCGCUCGUGUUUCUGAAUUUCGCACUCUUCUGCUACGAGACCGGACGUCUGGCGCUGGCAACGGAGCAGUAUAAUCGCUUUAUGGCCCACGCUCAGGACCUGUUGCUGCCCACAGAAUUUAAAUUUCAGGCAACCAAACUAAAGUCCUUGCUGCGCAUUUCAAGCCACAAUCAUGGCAUUCUAGGUGACGAUGAGGAUGCUGCUCAGUUGGAGGCAGAUGCCAGUGAAGUGCCAGAGGAAAUGCCCUUGGAAGUGAAUGCAGUUGUAAGCCAAAACUGAGAGAGACACACAGAGAAAUAGAAAUAAACAACAUCGCAGUAAAUUAACUCACAUCGAACAUUUAUUUGAACGUGUUCUUC